AUGAGUCUCACCGGGAACAGUCUUUACCCAUACACCCUGCCUCAGGACCCCUUCUAUCCUCAGGAAACACCUCAGGGCCCGAGCUUCGUCGAUAGUGGUGGGUGUGUGUGUGCGCUGCAGGAAACGCCUGCAGCCGAUUCCAGUGACGCGGUAUGGCAUUGUAUCGGAAACCAGACAGAAGGCGUUUACACAUCAACGGGUGGAAAGUGGUUUAACACAAUCAAUGGAGGCAAUGUCACCGACGGUGCCAUCAACGAUAAGUCGAAUGGGCCCCAGACCAGUCAAUGGCUGAUAUGGAACUCUACGUCUCUCGAGGCGUCGUCGGACGCCAGCUCGUUGAGUCCCUAUGACAGUGCCUGUACCGGCCAAAAUCGAACUGCCUUCUCGACGACUUUCUACCAGGCUGCCGAAGAGCUUGCUAUCAACCAGACCGCACUAGCCGCAGCGACUUGCUGGAGAUCAGGCGCUUCCGCCGUGCAAAUACAGAACCUUACGGACUGGCAGACGCAAGGAUGCAGUGAAGGCUUUCUAUGUGCCAACAAUACUAUCAACUCCCUGCCGCAAUAUUGUCCGCCUCUUGACAGUUGCCAACAGUCCAGACUGUCGUCCAAGGCAUGCACCCUUGAUGGCAAAAACAUUGCCAUGGGCCCCUUUGAGCCCAUCGUGUGUCAGGCCGGGUACUAUUGCCCGCUGUCUAAGAAUGGAACUCAAAUGCUUCCAUGCCCAGCUGGCUCCUACUGCCAGCCUGGCGCCUCGACGCCUACACCCUGCGCUGCCGGAAGUCACUGCCCCAAAAAAUCCUCUUACGAACUUUACCUGGUUCCUAUCAUAAUUUUGAUUAUUAUUGAUGUUCUGACUAUGAUCGGCUAUCUUUCCUGGCGCCUGCAUCGCCGUGUCCGCCAGAGUAACAGGGACAGUAUGGCGGCGCUGAAGCAUCGGCGCAUGAAUCCCAUUACUGCGAAGAUCACAGGGUACAAGGCCCUUUCUGACGACAACGAGAAUGACGACGAUCGCGAUCACGAAAUGCAUGCUAUGGACACCACUUGGAUGCCGCGUCGAGCAGAUACUUUCAGUGAACUGGAGCUGCCUGAUCCUCAGACUACCAAUGGUCCCCUUCCCAGCAGCCAGCUUCCCCCGCAAGUAAUGACCUUUGUCGAGUCAAUGCGCCGAGCAACGGACGCAAAUGACUUUGGCCUCUCGUUCGGCUAUACAGACUUGAAAUUCCAACCAAAGUCCAGUACGAAACCCAUUCUGCAGAACAUGACCGGUUCCAUCGACCGUGGCUCUCUAGUGGCGGUCAUGGGUGGCUCUGGUGCCGGCAAGUCGACAUUCGUGAAUGUGCUGAUGGGCAAGACGAACCACACCGGCGGCUUGGUGGCCGUCAACAAUAGCCCGGGCAAGCUGAAGAAAUACAAGAAGGUCAUCGGGUAUGUGCCUCAGGACGACAUAGUGCUUCCGGAGUUGACGGUUUUCGAAAAUAUCGUCCACUCGGCAAGAGUGAGGCUCCCCAAGACCUGGAAGGACGCGGAUAUUGUGGCUCACGCCGAAUCUGUCGUUGACUGUUUGGAACUCUCUCACGUUCGCGACUCGCUCGUUGGAAGUGUCGCUAAGCCAGUCAUCAGCGGUGGCCAGCGCAAACGAGUGAGCAUCGGUAUGGAGCUGGCAGCCGCGCCUAUGGCAAUCUUCUUGGACGAGCCCACGAGUGGACUUGACGCCACUUCGGCGUCGUCUAUCAUGCGGACUUUGAAAGCGCUCGCUCGCCUCGGGAUUUCGGUUAUUGUCAUUAUUCAUCAGCCUCGCAGUGAGAUUUUUGAUCUGUUCGACAAGCUCAUCCUGCUCGGUAAUGGACAGACUGUUUAUGAGGGUCCCCAAGUCGACGUCAAGCAGUACUUUGAAGACGUGGGCUUCCACUUUCCGGACUAUAGCAACCAUGGCGAUGUGAUUACCGAUAUCAUCACUGGAAACGGAAGAGACUACAAGAGCAAGGGCGACAUCUCGAAGGAGGCGCUCAUUGAGCAUUGGUCGCACUAUCGCAUAAAGCUCGGCUUGGGAAGCAACACUGACCGCCACACGCUCACGCCUCUAGGAAAUAGUGCAAUGCAUGACGCCUUGAGGAACCGCGGUGCGCCGAGAGUCAAACAGGUUUGGCUUUGUCUCUCGCGAGCCAUGCUUCAACAAUACCGCACCAAGGCCGCCUACUGCGCUGAGAUGUGUCUCGCUGCUCUGGCGGGCUUCUUACUAGGGCUGGCCCAGAACACCAAAAAGGGAAUACUCUUCACAGGGACCUACAAUGGACCGUAUAGCAUUCUCUCACUUGCUACCGAUAUCGAUUCGGCGCCCGAGCUAGCCCUUCUGAUUGCCAUUGCCAUUGGCCUUGUCGCCGCAGCGCCCGGAGUCAAGGCAUUCUCGGAGGAGAUGCUGUUGCAGAGACGCGAGGCCGAGGCCGGGCAUUCGCGGAUUGCCUAUUUUAUCGCCAAGGUGCUGUCUCUAAUACCGCGUAUGAUCCUGGGCUGCUUGCACUUUUCCGUGCCAUUGCUUCUGUUGUCGGUGCCCAUCAUCAACUGGGGCAUCGCGUUCCUGACCAAUCUGCUGUACUUCUACUGCAUCUACGGCCUCGCUAGUGUUGUCAGCGCCAUUGCCCGGCGAGAGGACGCGCCUCUGUUUGCGACCAUGGUCAGCCUGAUUGUCGGCAUUUUGUCCGGCGCGUCGCCUUCGCUGGCCAAGGUCAAGCACUGGCACAUGGAGUGGGCGUGGCGCACCUCGCCGGGCGUCUGGCUCGCGGAGAUCUACUUUGGCAGACUGGUGACGCCCUCGGCGCAUCUGUACGAUGUCGAUUUGGCGUCGCAGCUCACGGGCUUCCACCUGCACUGGCUGUGGCGCAACAUGGCGGUCCUGCUGCUCAUCGGCACCAUCUACCGAGUGGUUGCGUUCUUCGGCAUGGUCCUGGUGGCGCAACGACCACGGAGGUAG